UAAAUAGAAUCCACAACAUAGCAUAAAUGUAAUAAAAUAAAGAAUAGUAAUGGUUGACAGGGGGGAGGUUUUUGGGUUACACCAGUAGGUGGCCGUUUCAAAUUGUGACAAAACUUUGGAUCCUUACACAGAUUACACAGUACACAGACACCAUGAGCUGUCCUGAGAAAAGCAGCACACAGCCUCAAGUAGUCAAAGAGGAGGUUACAGCGACUGGAAAGUGGGUGAAGCUUGAGAAGACCACGUAUGUGGAUCCAUCUGGAAGCACCAGAAUAUGGGAGUCAGUGAAGAGAACAACGAGACCAAGCAACACUGAUGUAGACGGUGUGGGGAUCAUCGCCAUCCUGAAGAGAACUCUGCAUAAGGACUGUGUGGUGUUGGUGAAACAGUUCAGGCCACCGAUGGGAUGCUACACUCUGGAGUUUCCUGCAGGUCUGAUUGAUGAUAACGAGAACGCUGAGACGGCUGCGCUGAGAGAGCUGAAGGAGGAGACGGGCUACAAGGGAGAGGUGGUGGGAGUCACGCCAGUCACGUGUCUCGACCCUGGCCUGUCUAACUGCAGCACGCAGAUUGUGAUGGUCAACAUUAAUGGGGAUGAUAUUGAAAAUAUAAACCCCACUCAGCAGCUCGGCGAUGGAGAAUUUGUCGAUGUGAUUCUUCUACCUCUAGAUGAAUUUCAGAAGAAAAUAGAUGAGUUAUUGAAGAAGGAGAAACUUGUGGUGGAUUCCAAAGUGUACAUUUACGCCAUGGGAAUGUCCCAAGCCUUCUUUAAACCCAACGAGCUCCCGGUGCUCAAGCAGUGAGGCAUGACAUGCACAAAUCCUCCACAGUUAUAAACGGUACAGCAUGAAUUAUACAAGUCUGAGUGCUGCUCAUCAGCUGGUGAGAGGGUUUUAGCAGACUUGUGUAGUUUAAGACAUUACUUGAACAUUCCUAACACUAACAGCACUGACUGCACUGUUUACACAGUAAUAAAGUCUAUUAGUAAUGAUAAUGAUAAAAAAAUGCAUUUAGGACCAAAAAAAGUCCAAAUUUAGCUCAUUUGAAAGCAGUUAUAUGCUGCACGCUCUUAGUUUUUUCCAAGAUUUAACAACAAGAUGCGCUCAGAAGUGAAAACGUUGAACUACAGCAGUGCUGUGAUCAAAGGCCAAAAGGCUGAUGUGUUAUCUGCUGUUUCAGAGCCUGGAAUGAAGAAAUCUCUGUAGAGGUCACUGUGCUGUUCAGACAAUGUUACACUGAAAUGCAAACAAAAGCAGCUGUGUGUGAGAUGUAUUAACUUUUAUCUAAUAAACCGCCUGUUAACA